CAAAAGUUGUCGCAGAAUUUUAAUGUACUGUUUAUCAUUUAAUCUUUAAUGUUUUACAACAAAAGCAAAAAUGUAUUAAUUUCUAAUUAUAACUUAAACGUUAUACACACUGCAGUUGAAAUUGAAAACUUAAACAUUGCUUUUCAAAAUGGAGAAUCUGAGAAAUAUAUGGAAGCCAGAGUUAUAUCGUAUUCAAAUGGAAGCUCCACAGCCAAAGCGUAUCAUUUGUGAGAAGUACCCUGACCGACCAGAGUUCUAUGGUAAGGAAUAUCAUGGUAUCAUGGGACACAAGGAAGCAACAUAUAUUUUGGAAGACGAACCCAAUGGUGCUUUCCUUAUACGAAAAGGCAAUGAAUUUAAUGAUUUUUAUACACUCACUUGGAGAUUUAAUGAUAAGAUACAUCAUUAUAAGUUAUACUAUGAUGGAAGCCACUAUAUUAGAGACAAACGAUAUGAAACAAUUUAUGAUUUAGUUGCUGAUGGGCUUAUUACAUGUCACAUGGAAUUGAAAGCUCAUCACAUUCUUGAAAUGAUAAAUUCAAAUGCUAAUUAUACUGAAAGUCCUUAUGUCACAUUAAACAGAAAAAAGUUAAAAACAUUAUCACAAAUGCAUCAGGAAUCAAACAGAUCUAGUCCCAUAAUACAAACAACUGAAAAAUUAACAACAGAGCUGAUAAUCAAGCCACUAUUCAACUUGACACCAACAUUAGAGGAUCCACCACCAUUAUAUAAAUAUUCCAAGUCACAUAGCUUUAAAGUACAUACAUUCAAAGGGCUUAAUUGGUGUGAAUUUUGUGCAAAUUUUUUGUGGGGCUUUACUGCCCAGGGUGUAAAAUGUGAAGAUUGUGGAUUUAUAGCACAUUUAAAAUGUUCGGAACGAGUUCCAAGUCAUUGUGUUCCAGAUUUAAAGAAACUCAGAGGUGUAUUUGGAAUAGAUUUGACAACAUUACUCAAUGCUCAUUCAAGUACUUUACCAUUUGUUGUAAAGAAAUGUGUUAAUGAGAUUGAAAGUAGAGGGAUAGAUUCAGAGGGUAUUUAUCGAGUAUCAGGCUUUGCAGAUGAGAUUGAAGCACUGAAAUUAGCUUUUGAUAAAGAUGGUGAGGCAGCUGAUUUAAGUGUAUACAGUAAUAUAAAUGUUAUUGCUGGAACACUCAAAUUGUACUUACGACUUUUACCGGUUCCUCUUAUCACUUAUGAAGUCCAUCCUAAACUUAUUACUGCAAUUCAAAUGAAGAAAACACCGACUAUUCAAAUAUCAGCGUUACGAGAAUGUCUGGAUUCUUUGCCAUCUGCACAUUUUAACUGCUUGCAGUACAUGGUCCAGCAUUUACAUAGAGUAUCUCAACAUGCAGAAGUAAAUAAGAUGUCAGCACACAACCUAAGCACAGUAUUUGCUCCAACUUUGGUUGCAACACCCCCUGCAAUCACUGACCUGUCUUUUGAAAUCCGAGCGCUCCAAGCCCUUAUUGAGUAUUGCCCACAAAUAUAUUAUAACAAUAAAUAAUCUCAUAAUCAUUGUUAUCAUCUUUGACCCCAAAAAUUUAUUGUUUAUUUUACAUUGGAACUAGAUCUUCCAAGUUGCCAAAGUAUUUUGACUUUAGUAUUCACUUCUGUAUUAUUGAGUAAGAAUUUUAGGCUUAUUUUACAAUUUACUAUUACUAAAAUAUAUCAGUACUAUAUAAGCAUUUAAAUAAUAGAAAAUUAAGUAUCACAAGAAUUGUGCAAUAACAUGGAAAACUUCAUACAAAGUAUAAAUCUAAAAAUAUUUCAUAUUAUAUUUUUACCUGUUUACUUUGUUAUUGUUUCUUAAAUGAGCAUAAAAAUUGAUUUGUGUCCAUUAAUUUAUUCCAAGUAUACCAUACAUUUGUAUAGAAAAUAAAACCAUGUAUUCAUAUGGAAAUUUUUAUUGUUACCUUUUCUUUCGCUUUUGAGGUAUGUCUUCUAAAAUAUCAUUUUGUUGAAAUUUUUUUAGAUCUGCACAAAACAGCACCUGUAAAUAAUAGUAAAAU